GCCACACUCUUCCCUCUCAGCUUUAGCUUUGACUUUGUUUCCUUCUUUGCUUCAAUUCUCUCUCUCUCUCUCUCUCUCUCUCUCUCUCACACACACACACACAGUCAAGUCCAAGUAAAAUACCUUCCCAAGUUGAGCCCACGUUUCUUUGCACAUUCUCAGGGCAAAACUUUACCAUUAUACUUCUCACAACCACCUGCCACAGACACAACAUUCUCCACUUUUAAAGAUUCUUCACAUAAAGAGAGGCUUACUCUAUAGACACAACUCUCAUCUGCAGAUGAUGCGACUAUAGUGGAGUUCGAGUCUAGGGAGUAGAUGCACAAAAUUAAGUUCUGAAAAGAGGAAAGUGAUGGCAUCGGCAUCACCUUCCCCAGAUUCUACUCCUGCUGCAAUUCCUCCAGCUGUUUCUCCCCCUUCCAAUGCUUCGGUGACCUCACCUCCUCCCUCCUUCACUCAGACCGAACAAACAUCUGAUACUCCAGCUCCGACUGGCUCUUUAACUCAACCAAACUCUACCAGCCCACCACCUCAAUCUACUCCUGCCCCUCCAGUUUCCACUUCCCCUCCUCCGUCAAAUCCCAUAGCCACACCACCUCCCUCUUCACCUCCACCAUUGCCCCCAACGUCUUCCCCACCACCCAAGCCGGCUUCACCUCCACCUCUCCUUCCUGCAGCCCCUCCUGCUUCUACAGUUACCCCCACUCCUCCGAGUUCUUCCCCACCACCACCAUCGGGCACUCCUCCACCCCAAGAAUCCCCAGCCCCACCUGCAUCAAAUCCACCACCUCCUUUACCUGUUACUCCUGCACCACCUCCAGCAGAAAUCAAAUCGCCGCCUUCUGCGGAUCCUCCACCCGCACCACUUACAGAACCUCCAGCAAACUCUCCUCCACCACCUUCACCAGUCACACCAUCUAAUUCUCCGCCAGCUCCUACCACCCCUUCAGAAUCAUCUCCUCCACCUGUACCCUUGUCAUUGCCGCCUCCUGGUCCCCCAAGCAAUUCAUCCAUAAAUGGAAGUUCCCCUUCUUCCCCAUUACCCACAUUCCCUACCGAGAAACCAACUGCAAGAUCUGGGAAUCCAGGUUCAGAUACGACAGCAACUUCGGGAUCCGGAGAUGGAGGGAUGAAGACCGGAGGGGCUGUGGCAAUUGGAAUCAUUGUUGGUUUUGUGGCACUAAGUUUACUUGUGAUGGCAGUCUGGUUCACACGAAGAAAAAAGAGAAGGAUAUCAGAUUCAAUCGGUGGGUAUGUAAUGCCAUCACCAUUUGCUUCAUCUCAAAACUCAGAUACAUCCUUCUUAAGGCCCCAACAGUCGAUUCACCGAGCUGGAAGUGCUUCAGGGAACAAUUUCAUGUAUUCACCUGAUCAGGGUGGUGUUGGCAAUUCAAGGCAAUAUUUCACGUAUGAAGAAUUAUCUGAUGCUACAUAUGGUUUCUCAAAUAGCAAUUUAUUGGGUGAAGGUGGCUUUGGUUGUGUUUAUAAGGGAUGCCUGCCAGAUGGAAGAGUGGUUGCUGUCAAGCAGUUGAAGAUUGGUGGUGGACAAGGGGAACGGGAGUUCAGAGCUGAAGUUGAGAUUAUCGGCAGGGUGCAUCAUCGUCAUUUGGUCUCGCUUGUAGGUUAUUGUAUAUCGGAGCAUCAAAGACUGCUUGUCUAUGACUAUGUGGCCAAUAACACCCUUCAUUACCAUCUCCAUGAUGAAGGUAGACAGGUCAUGGAUUGGGCGACCAGAGUUAAGGUCGCUGCUGGUGCAGCUCGUGGACUUGCUUACCUUCAUGAAGAUUGUCAUCCUCGGAUUAUUCACAGGGAUAUCAAAUCUUCGAAUAUCCUCUUGGAUUUCAAUUUUGAUGCACAGGUUGCUGAUUUUGGGCUUGCAAAGCUAGCGUUGGAUGCCAAUACACAUGUGACCACUCGUGUGAUGGGAACUUUUGGGUACAUGGCUCCCGAGUAUGCAUCAAGUGGCAAGCUGACUGAGAAAUCUGAUGUUUUCUCAUUUGGAGUAGUUCUUUUAGAGCUCAUCACUGGGCGUAAACCUGUGGAUGGAUCUCAGCCACUGGGUGACGAGAGCCUUGUUGAAUGGGCUCGCCCUUUACUAACACAAGCCCUGGACAAGCAAGACUUUGCAGAGAUAGUAGAUCCGAGGCUUGAGAAGAAUUACGUUGAACAUGAGGUUUUCCGGAUGAUUGAAGCAGCAGCAGCUUGUGUUCGUCACUUAGCUACAAAGAGGCCACGGAUGAGCCAGGUAGUGAGAGCUCUAGAUUCUAUGCUUGAGUUCUCAGAUCUAACCAAUGGAGUAAAACCUGGACAAAGUGAAAUUUAUGACUCCAGACAACAAUCUGCAGAGAUCAGAUUGUUUCAGCGGAUGGCAUUUGGAAGUCAAGACUAUAGUUCUGAAAUCUUCAAUCAGUCGCAGAGCAGCUGGAAGAGCUAGCGGGACAACCAUAGGUCUAAAAUCUUGAAACGUACGUACAGAGAGCAGUUUGAGUAGUAAACCACACAACCACGAUUAUACAACAUAUCGGCAAAGCCAUGAAUCAGUCUAACCUUCUUAGCCAUUAGCAUGGUCUUUAAGCCAGGUCAGUUUGAGGAUAAACUUGCCUAGUUAGUUCUAGUGUUGCUUCCUUUUUGGUUUUAUACUUUUUGGCCUUCAGUUUGGAUUGAGGCCUUUGUAAUUAUCUUCCAAUGCAAUGAUAUUAAAUCCAGAUUAUUUUAAAAUUCGGUUAGAAGCAAUAUUCUACUUUGUGAAUAUUUUUGUACUAUAAGGUAAAAUUUCUGAUAAAUUGAUACUCAGAUUGGUUGACA